AUGGACGCCCCUUCCGCCCGCCGUAUCCUUUACAGGAGUCUACAGUUCUCCAUUUUGCCGUACCUCUUCCUCAACGCGACUCUCUGCAACCCUAGCUAUUGGACUGAGUACCGCGGUUGGGCGGAGGGUUUGCAGGGCAGCGCGGCCGCUCUUAUACUCUUUGCCUUCAUUCUGGUGUGCAUCGACCGGCCGCGAUGGGGAGAGUGGAUGCUGGUUGUAGGCGCACUGGCAUGCGGUAUUGUCGAAAGCGUCUACCUCUGGAUCCAUCGCGAGCGUGACUCGAUUCCAUACGCUGGGUAUCCAUUAUGGGUAGUGAUCGUCCAUCUUAUCAUCACGACCAUGUUUGGCUUCUCCGCCUUGGCCUAUCUUGUUCUCUCUCUUCUGAACAGUGAUGACGAAGGGCUCACAGGAGAUCGCGACAUCGUGCUCCCAGAAACCGUCCUGACUCCGCCGCCACGCGACGUGAUCGGCGGACAUCGUACCAUUCUCUACCGCUGGGCGGGGUACAUCGCUGCGGUGCAGGCAACUGUCACCGCCGUUCCUCUAGUUGGACUUGCUGCAACAAGCUGGCCGUGGUCACUUGUGCGCACACCCGCUGGCGUCGCGAGUGUCGUUAUCAGCAUCUUGCUAGCAUUCUUCAUUGUAACAUACGGCGCCUUCGCCGUGAUGCGGGGCCCAUGGUCAACUGCGACCCAGGACAAGUUCUACCUUCGCGCUAAGAUCGCUCUGCUUCUCUCUGUCGCCUUCACAACUUGUUUCGCGCCAUUGUCUUUCCCUCGCCCUCACGGGUACGGAGAUGAGGUCACGCCCAUCAAAUACUUUGUGUGGGCACUGGGCGUCGCAGGUGCUAUGGCAGUGCUAGUCAUGCUCGUGAUUAUCAUCCGCUUCGAGAGGCACCGAGGUGUAGCUCUCAUGGAUGACAGCGAUGACGCAACACUCGCCGACUAGGAGGGGCUUUGAAACUCAGCUAGGGCGAUACACAAUUCUGUGAUGCAGGGCUAGGUGC